UUGUCAGAGAUUGCGCAGAGGAAGCGCAGUAGAGAAGAGUCGACGAAAAAAGGAACGAAGAAUGGGUCGAUGUAGACCCAUAUAUCUACGUUUUUACUCGGUAUAUCGUCAUAAAAGACUAGGAAAACAGACUUUAGAAUAUGAACUGGUUUCUAACCACUAUGUAUAGCAUUAACGUGACGGGAAAACCCAUGGUAUAUUCGUCUUUGUGAAAUUAUUGCAACAGCUGUAAGUUCAAAGUGUGGGUGUGUGUACUUUUUUGUUUUCGUCGUCGAAUCUUCACAAUCGCAAUGGCAGUGCAAUAUUCGUCUGGAUUUUUUGCAAUUCGUCGGAAACUUGGCAUGCCGAUGACACUUAUGUACAGAAGUCUUUCGGACGAAGUCUUCAACCGAGCCACUGACGAUUAUCAAGAAAAAGAAAGGUCGAGAUCAGUGACAUCUUUUUAUUACCAAAGCGCCAUCGACCAGGCUGCAGCUAAGCCAUCUGUACGCCUUACCCCUGCUGCUAUCUUGUAUACUGGCAAGAGUGCGGACAACAGUCAUAUUCUUCGUAGUGCCCAGUAUUUGCACAAAGAGCUGCCAGUUCGUAUUGCGCAUCGAAUUGCAGGCUUCCGCAAUCUACCAUUUAUUGUUGGUUGUAACCCAAUCAUUCUGCAAGUGCAUGAACUAUAUAUUCGGGCAUUUCAUAUCUUGUCAGAAUUUCCACCUGUAACUGACUUUGAAACUGAUGCAAAGUACUCUGAAACUCUACGUAAUCUGCUUGACGACCAUAAAGAUGUGGUCACUCUCUUGGCAGAAGGAUUCAGGGAGUCCAAAAAACACAUCAAGGACCCUAACCUUAUCAAAGUUUUUCUUGAUAAGACUUUGACAUCUCGCCUUGGUAUACGCAUGCUGGCUGAACAUCAUUUGUCAUUGCAUGACGAAAAGCCAAACCAUGUGGGCAUCAUCAACGUGGGGUUCUCUCCGCGAAAACUAAUUGAAAAGAAAGCUGAAUUUGUAAGGACGGUCUGUGAAGCAAAGUUUGGGCGUGCUCCCCAAGUCACUCUGAAUGGCCACCUCAACGGAACAUUUCCUUACAUCGUGCCACCACUGGACUACAUUCUAACAGAACUGGUUAAAAAUCGCCUUAGGGCCACAGUAGAGUUUAACUUGGACUGUGUUGGGACUCUACCGGAAGUGCUCAUCUCCAUUGCUGUUAAUGAGGAAGACUUUGUUAUCAGAAUAUCGGACCGUGGAGGUGGAAUUAAUCAAAAGAUAGUUCACAACGUGUGGGAUUACAACUUUACCACAUCGGGCACCACAACCGACGAGCGAGUUGAUGGAGGACUCUUCGGGCAGAUCAUGCACACUGAUAACACUGGACCAGCUCCAGGCAAAAUGCAUGGCUACGGAUUUGGUCUGCCAACAGCCAAGGCUUAUGCAGAAUACCUUGGUGGCCAGCUGACACUGGAAACCAUGCAAGGCAUCGGAACGGAUGUCUAUCUGCGUCUUGCACACAUUGAUGGCAAAACAGAGAGCUUUCGUAUCUGAAGUUGGUUGGUGGGAUUUUGAGAUUCAGAUCUGGACUGAAUGUAGAGAUUUGAGAUGUAUUUUUUGUUGUUUCUUAUGGACUUCUAGAAAAAACGUUUGAAGACGAUGUGUGCAUGUAGCAGAUAUUUUGUGAUGCCUGUCCUUUGUAAACAUUUUUGAUCUACAGUCUUUAAACUAUUUCAGUACGUGGCUGUUGUUAGGAUUUAAGAGUGCACAUUAUUCGUUGGAAGUUAAAUAAAGUAUCUAAAAGGUGGGGGUUUUUUUUUUUAUAGGAGCGGGGUCAGACUUUUAUUUUUACUUUCACUGGGUGGUUUUGAAUAGACUAUUAAUUCACUUGCAUUGUGUACCAGGUUAAGGAUAACUAUAGAUUUGGCAGCUUCAUUAUUGGCUUUGUUCGCCUAUAACUUUGGUUUGUUAAAAGAAACAAAAAAAAUAUUUUGAUUUGCAGUUAGUAAAAAUAUUGGUCUUAAUAUGAAUAAAAUUGCACUACAGAUCAGUAGUUGAAAAUGUCAUUUGCUUCAUGAAGAAUGACAUUUUUAAAAUCGGUUUAUCCUACUAAACUAUAUUUGAUUAUAUUAUUUUAUUAACCGGUGUCUGUUGUAAAUAAUUUCAUUAAAGAUCUGUUUUGUUAUUAUUAUCAUAAAUAGACCGACACAAUAUAAUUUAUUCUCCAUAGAGCAAACAAUAUUCUUCACCAAGGAGUAUGUUUUGCUGUUUUAUUAAUAUCUUGACAAAUGUUUUCACAAACUGAACAAAGAACCCAAAUAUUUCUGUUACUUUAAAAAAUCUUCUCAUUUUACAUAAAACCGAACAUGUGCUGUUUACAAAAAACACUUGGUAGAGGCUGGGAUAGAAUAUACUAGUAGCUGAUAGUUUUAAUUAAAGUAUUUUUAUAGCAAUAUCUUAAUACACAAUUCCACCUUAAAAAAAUGCAAAUAUUGAUGUAUGAAAUCAAGUUAUUUGUAAACCUAGUUGUGUUUUUUUUUAUCAAAAUAAUGUGUAUAACGUAUUCCCUUCAUCUUUUCAUGUGAUGGAUUGUACCUACAUGUAUAUUUUGUCUGUUUCCAAAUUUUAUUUUUGUUUAACAACUAGGGAUUUUCAGUUCCGAAGUUCCAAGUUGUCCAAAUAAUAAAUAUUCCAGAAAAACAAAAAAAAGACUUAAAAUUAGUUUGACUUGUAUCCUUUUCAUAUGAAACAGUAAACUGAUCUGCACUUAUAACUAUUUGUACUCGUUUGAUUUUGAAGGAGGUACUUACAAAAACUUUAGUUUCUAGAUUAAUUUCUGAAAUGGUACCAGUUUGAAAUGGGGGGGGGUGGGGGAAGGGGUGGUGAAUUAUUUUAGUCGUUACUUGCCAAAUAGGGUUGAAUCUCAUUGUCUUUAUAAACAUUUUAUUUACAUUUAAAAAAAAAUCUUUUUGAAUAACUUGUGAUAAAUAUUCUGUUAACUGAACCUUGAUAUCAUUGGUAUGGUUAAUUACACAUUUAUUGAAACAGACAUUAAUUUUUUUCAGAUUUGUUUUUUUUAAAUCAUGUCAAAAAUGCAUGUAUAUUUUUUUUUUGUAUAUAUGUAGUUCAUGAAACUAGUAGUAUUAAAAAAAGGUUCAUUUUUCACUCUUGCAUUGUUUCUUUUGAAAUAAUGUUUGACAAAAUAUACAACAAAGAAUAAGUGAUUACUGCUUUAAGAUCCAGUUAUCAGGCUUUUAGGCAGAAAAUAAUUUGAGGGUGUAAUAAAAAAUAAAAUGGC